AGUUUAAAAGACUGGUGCAGGGGCGGGCGCCGGAGCAGAGCGAGCUGCGGCCGUGGCAGCUGCACGGCUCCCGGUCCCGGAGCAUGCGCGAAAGCCGCCCCGGAGCCCCCAGCCGCCCCGCCCGCGGCGCCCCGCGCCCCGCCGCCAGCGCACCCCCGGACGCUAUGGCCCACCCCUCCGGCUGGCCCCGCGUGUAGGAUGGUAGCACACAACCAGGUGGCAGCCGACAAUGCAAUCUCCACGGCAGCAGAGUCCCGACGGCGGCCAGAGCCUUCCUCGUCUUCGUCCUCGCCCUCGUCCUCGGCGGCGCCCGCGGCCCCCGCGCGCCCGCGGCCCUGCCCGGCGGCCCCGGCCCCGGCCCCCGGCGACACGCACUUCCGCACGUUCCGCUCGCACGCCGAAUACCGGCGCAUCACCCGGGCCAGCGCGCUCCUCGACGCCUGCGGCUUCUACUGGGGGCCCCUGAGCGUGCACGGGGCGCACGAGCGGCUGCGCGCCGAGCCCGUGGGCACCUUCCUGGUGCGCGACAGCCGCCAGCGGAACUGCUUCUUCGCUCUCAGCGUGAAGAUGGCCUCGGGCCCCACAAGCAUCCGCGUGCACUUCCAGGCCGGCCGCUUCCACCUGGACGGCAGCCGCGAGAGCUUCGACUGCCUCUUCGAGCUGCUGGAGCACUACGUGGCGGCGCCGCGCCGCAUGCUCGGGGCCCCGCUGCGCCAGCGCCGCGUGCGGCCGCUGCAGGAGCUGUGUCGCCAGCGCAUCGUGGCCACCGUGGGCCGCGAGAACCUGGCGCGCAUCCCCCUCAACCCCGUCCUCCGCGAUUACUUGAGCUCCUUCCCCUUCCAGAUCUGACCGGCCGCGCACGCAGCAUUAACUCGGCCGCCUUGGUACUGUUUUGUAUUAAUGAUUUCCCUGGAACCACGUGGGUGCCCUCCCCGCCUGGGUUGGAGGGAGUGGGGCGUGGGGGCGAGGCGCGUCCCCCUCUCCGCUGGAGACGAGGCCGCAGACCCCUCCCCAUCUCUUGGGGGGGGUGCCCCCCCUCCUGGUGCUCCCUCUGGGUCCCCCUGGUUGUUGUAGCAGCUUAACUUUAUCUGGGGCUAGGACCUGAAUUUAUACCUCCUACCUCUUCAUGUUUACAUAUACCCAGUAUUUUUGCACAAACCAGGGGUUGGGGGAGGGUCUCUGGCUUUAUUUUUCUGCUGUGCAGAAAACUAUUUUAUAUUUUUUACAACCAGUUUAGGUAAUAAACUUUGUUAUGAAAGUUUUUUUUUUUUAAGAAAAAAAAAAAGGUUUCUAGAGCGUGUGCUUUUGCUCAAGGGACUCCCUUGGUUGUGAAAGGGUCCAGGGCAGAGGGGUCCUAAGACUGACCCGUGUGGCUUGAAGGGAGUGGGACGCAUGUCCUGGAGGCUGGGGAACCUGCCUGGUUCCACUCGCAGCUCCCGGGGGAAAGGAACAGCCGGUCCAGUUGUAUUUUGUGUUGGGUAAAAUGGCAGCUGGUGUUUGAGCACUUAAAGUGUGCCAAACCCUCUUCUGUGUUCCACGGAUAGCCCUAAAAGCAAGGCUCCUAUCCUCAUUUUUUUACAGAAGAGAAACCAAGGCAGGGGUCCAUUUGCCUGUGGCCACUCCUGAAAACACUGGGGCCUUUUCUGGCCGUCCACCCAGAAUCUGUUUGAAAUGGAUGACAGAGAAGAAACUUCUUUCAUUCUGUGAUCACAGCACCUUCCAGGAAGAAGGUGGGGGUGGGGUGGGGGCUUGGUUAGGUUUUGGAAGGAGGAGUGGCACAUUCUGAAACCAGGCGUGGAGAGAGACCGAUUUCAGAUGGGAUGGGGGUAUAGGACUUCAUCCUUCCUGCCCUCUUCUCUCGUGUACUUUUUGGUGAACACACCACUUGGAGCCAGAAAAAUGCUUUGCGGUCUGUGGUGGCAGGAGGGCCCUGCUAGUGGCUUUGGGCAAUUCCCUUUGCCUCUCAUGGCCUCAGUGUCUACCUCUAAAAUGGGUUUGCUGGAGGAGGUGGUGGCCGUGCAUCACGGACGAGGCCAAGCUCUCAGGAGCCGGGGGAGGGGAGGGUGGCUGCAGGGCACUUCGGGGCUGGCAAACAUGGCCAGAAAGUGCCCAUGACACGGGCUCAGUGGCUACCCCCGAGGCCGUGGCCUGACAGAUAAGCCAUGCCGGCAACCUGGGGCUGGGUGGCCACACCUGGUGAAUUGAGUCACUUUCAGGUUUAGGGUGAAACAGCCUCACGGACAUGUUGCGCUUCAUUUUUAGAAGUUGGACUGGCCCUCGGCAGCCUUGGACGUGCUGAUGAUGGAGUGUCCUAAUAUUUAAUAAUACCUUUCAGGCUUGAAAGUGCAACAUAAAAUUGAUAGAGAACUGGAACAGCCCAGGCCUGUCUUGGGGAUUAAAUAGGUUCCAGGCCUCAAGGUUAAGGAUGGCCGGGAGAGAUUUAGGAUCUCAGAGAGCUUUGGCAAUUGCAUCCUUUAAAAGGUGGGGUGGGAUGGAAGGUGGUGAUGCCUUCUCUCCAUGCCUCUAAGGAGCGACUGCUUUUCUCUUCACCACCUCCCUGCCCUUCGUUCACUGCUGUGUGGAUCAAGUCCCGUCGUUCUGCUGACUUUCCCUGUCUCACCCCCCACACCCCUCAGCGUGGGUGCCUGGAGAAACAGGGAGAAAUCCAAGAAGGCACUGCUUGGGCAUCCCGCAGACACAGCGAGCGCUUAACGGUAUGGGGGGUCCUGUGCUACCUUGUUUGAUCUUCCCAGCCCGCCUGUGAGUUAGAAACCUCUCUCCCACUUUACAGAGAGCAAGACUGAGGCUCACGAGAGGCAAAGUAGGGCACACGAUAAGUGGCAAAACCAGAUUUUCAAACUUAAUGCCGUUUCGGAGGCUGGGUACCACUCGGCAGCCUGGCCUCCCAGCGAGGGCCUAACAGGUAGCUGCUGCCAGCAUUUAUAAAUAGCAUGAUUAUGCAGGGGCCGUUCUAGCCCCUAGUACCUAUAUGAAAACACUCAAUCUUUCCCCCCAGCCUUAUGAUUUGGGUACUGUUAACAUCCGCAUUUCACAGAUGAGGAAACAGGUCCUCAUCUAAAGAGAAACAAAUUCGUUUACAAUAUUUACAGGGCUUUUUCAUCCUUCUAAAAAAAAGUUUUAAAAAUUACAUCCUCACUGCACAAACCCGCUCCCCUUAUAAAACCGGGAGCGGGACGGCGAAGAAUAAAGGCCCCUCUGAU